AUGUCCAUGUCGGCCGCAGCUAGGAAGAAGAAGGCAUCCACACCGUCGGCAUUGGAUGCGGCGGCGGCGGCCCCAGCCCGUACCCUCGGUCGCGGUGGCUUCUCGGCGCCGACGGCUCUCUCUCUCGGCCGUGGUGGCGGCUCGGCGAUGGCCCGCUCUCUCUGGACGUGGCGGCAACAAAAGAAGAAGGUGACCCGCCCAACCACCGGUGCCUGGUUUGAUGCGGCCGACAGUGAUCCCUCUUCUCCUGUAUCAUGGGACAAAGAUCCACGUCCAUCUGGUGGUUUCAUGAGCUACUUCGAAAAUCAGCCACACAACUUUCAUUUGGUUGGUGCACCGAUUCACAACAGCCCUUUGAAUAGACCACUAUCCACCAACAAUGAUGCAAGUUCACAGCCUGAAGUAGAAAUAUUACUUGAUAAUGACAAUGUUAGGACUGAGAAGAGGAUCCUAUGGACAGAGGAAGAGGAUCUUAGAUUGAUGAGCGCUUGGAUAGAACAUUCAACAGACUCUACCUGUGGAGCCGAUAAGGGUGGUAACCAGUAUUGGGGUGAGGUUGUUAAAUCCUACAACAAGACUACCCCACCACUUCGAAAGAGAAAUCUGAAGCAAUGCAAGGAUAGAUGGCACAAAAUUAAUAGGUGGACGGACCUCUUUGAAUAUGCUUAUGUAAAGGCUCGCAGAGUAUUUACAAGUGGAUAUUCUGAUCAAACGUGGACUGAUGCAGCCCACAAGUUCUAUGUGGAGGACAACAAAGUUACAAAACUAGGACCCUUUGUUGGGAUUGAGGUUUGGAAAAUUUGUCGAGAAGUGUCAAAGUGGAAAACAUACAAUGAAGAGCUGAGGAAUGCACGUAAAAGGAAAUCAUUUCACCUUGAAGAAGAAAGGGAUCAGGAAAAUGAUGAAAGCUUGGAAGAGAUGCUAAAUCGACCAAUGGGUCAGAAGGCAGCUAAAAAGACAGCUCUAGCUGCAAAAGGCAAGUCAAAAGGCUCCAGCAGUGAAGAUAAUGGUAACUCAAAGGAAUCUGCUAUUGAUCUAGACAAAUUAGACAAAUUCCAGGAGGAAACAAAUGCAAACCGUAUGAAGAUAUUGGACCGCUACAGCAGAAGCUAUCAUCCGAGAAGCUUGAGACCACAAAACUUGCCCACCUUAUCGCACAAGAGACCAAAAAGAGAAAGAUGCUUGAGAAAGAAUCAAAGAUGA